AAAAGACAAUUAAAUGCAUAAAUGAAAGAACAUGGGGGAGUAGUUCGUCUGUAAGUUAUCUGCGGUGUCCCGCAGGGGUGUGCCUUAGGACCAAUAGAGCUUUGGCCCCCUAUUCCUCGCAGCUGACACUCCUCCGCGUAGUCGCAGAGAAUCAACAGCUUCUUUCACACUGAGGAUGAUGCCACACAUGUAGAAUAGCAGCAUGAGAGACAGAGAUCUUCCGUGAGCAGUUCUGAAUGAAAUAUGUGAAGGCAUCCUUACCAACAGAAACUAUGCGUUUUUUCCCAGGCGGAAUUUGAUACUGGUACAAGGCGUGAAUUUGCCACUCCAGUACCAUGUACUCUGAGAUUUAACGAGCCUUUGCGUCCCGACGGCAUAUGGGCAAACCGCUAUUCAUGUUGCAACCUCAAGCUUUAUGACAAUGGAUUAUUCGCUGUUCUUAUACAGCCUUUGGGUUCCCGUUAUUCUCGCUGUUGAGGAGACGCUUAUGGACAGCAGGUGGGCUACUACAGAGCUGGCAUGGACAACCUAUCCAGAAAGCGGGUGGGAGGAAGUGAGUGGAUAUGAUGACCACUUGAGCCCCAUCAGGACAUACCAGGUCUGUAACGUGCGGGAGCCCAAUCAGAACAACUGGCUCCGGACAGACUUCAUCCCCCGCCGAGGAGUCCUUCGAGUCUAUGUGGAGCUCAAGUUCUCUGUGCGGGACUGUGGGAGUAUCCCUAAUAUUCCUGGGUCCUGUAAGGAGACCUUUAAUCUGUUCUACUAUGAAUCAGAUGGAGACACAGCUACAGCAAGCAGCCCGCCUUGGAGGGAGAACCCCUACGUAAAGGUGGACACUAUAGCCCCUGACGAGAGCUUCUCAUUACUGGAGUCAGGGAUUGUCAACACCAAAGUACGGAGCUUCGGUCCUCUUUCCAAAGCUGGUUUCUACCUGGCCUUCCAGGACCUGGGCGCCUGCAUGUCUCUCAUCUCUGCCAGGGUCUUUUUUAAAAAGUGCUCCACCACCAUCGCCAACUUCGCAGUCUUCCCAGAGACAGCCACAGGUGCUGAGGCCACCUCACUAGUCAUCGCCGCUGGAGCCUGCGUGCCAAAUGCCGUGGAGGAAUCAGUCCCCCUAAAGCUGUACUGUAAUGGAGAUGGAGAAUGGAUGGUCCCCGUGGGAGCGUGCACCUGCAUGCCGGGCUUUGAGCCGGCCAAGACAGACACUCAGUGCCAGGCAUGCACCCCAGGGACCUUCAAAUCCAAACAGGGUGAUGGUUUGUGUGUGCCGUGCCCUCCCAACAGCCGGGCCAGCUCUAGGUCAUCCAGUGUGUGUCCUUGUCAAAACGGCUACUAUCGUGCUGACAGUGACUCACCUGACAACGCCUGCACUACUGUUCCCUCAGCACCUUUAAACGUGAUCUCCAGUGUAAAUGAGACUUCGGUGUCGCUCGAGUGGUCCGAGCCACGGGAUCUGGGCGGGCGAGGUGACAUUGUGUACAAUGUGGUGUGCAAAAAGUGCCUGCAUGAUGGUGGGUCCUGCGCCCGAUGUGACGAUAAUGUGGAGGUGUCGCCACGGCGACUGGGUCUGGCUGAAAGGCAGGCGGCAGUGAGGAAUCUACAGGCACAUACGCAUUACAGCUUUGAGAUCCAGGCCGUCAACGGAGUUUCCUCCAAGAAUCCAUCCACGCCACACUACACCACAGUCAAUAUCACCACAAAUCAAGCAGCCCCGUCUGCAGUCCCCGCCGUACACUUAAUGCGGGCCACAGCUGGCACUCUCAGCCUCUCCUGGCUGCCCCCAGAGCGGCCCAAUGGCGUGAUCCUGGAUUAUGAGAUCAAGUACCAGGAGAGGGGAGAGUCGUUUUCUCACACCGUCACUGCCCAACACACUUCUGCCAAGGUGGAGGGUUUAAAGGCUGGCACAGUGUAUGCAGUGCAAAUUCGUGCACGGACGGUAGCUGGUUACGGACGCUACAGCAGCCCGCUGGACUUCAGUACAAGUCUCUAUGAUGACCCAGAGCGGUCAGUACAGGAUCUGCUGCCUCUCAUUGUGGGUUCAGCCUCAGCUGGAUUUGUGGUCAUCCUCGCCAUGGGGGUGAUCGCUGUCGUCUGCCUCAGACGGCAACGCACUGGCUCAGAGUUGGAGUAUACUGAGAAGCUGCAGCAGUACGUGUCCCCAGGAGUAAAAGUUUAUAUCGACCCUUUCACAUAUGAAGACCCGAAUGAGGCGGUUCAUGAGUUUGCCCGAGAGAUUGACAUCUCAUGUGUGAAGAUAGAGGAAGUUAUUGGAGCAGGAGAGUUUGGGGAGGUGUGUCGCGGGAGACUGAAGCAGCCUGGCAGAAAGGAGGUUACAGUGGCCAUCAAGACGCUGAAGGCGGGCUACACUGAGCACCAAAGGCGGGACUUCCUGAGCGAGGCCAGUAUCAUGGGCCAGUUUGACCAUCCCAAUGUGAUUCACUUGGAGGGAGUUCUGACCAGGAGUUGCCCAGUGCUUAUUGUCACGGAGUUCAUGGAGAAUGGAGCUCUGGACUCCUUCCUUAGAUUGAAUGAUGGCAGGUUCACCAUCACACAGCUGGUGGGCAUGUUAAGGGGGAUCGCGGCUGGCAUGAAGUAUCUGUCUGACUUGAACUACGUCCAUCGCGACCUGGCUGCCCGGAACGUGCUUGUCAACAGCAACCUGGUGUGCAAAGUGUCAGAUUUUGGCCUCUCUCGCUUUUUGGACGAUAACUCAGCGGACCCAACCUACACAAGCUCACUGGGGGGAAAGAUCCCAAUCCGCUGGACUGCCCCAGAGGCUAUCGCCUUCAGGAAAUUCACCUCAGCUAGUGAUGUGUGGAGCUACGGCAUUGUGAUGUGGGAGGUUAUGUCCUUUGGAGAGCGUCCAUAUUGGGACAUGAGCAAUCAAGAUGUAAUGAACGCAGUGGAGCAGGACUACAGACUGCCUCCACCCAUGGACUGCCCCGCAGUGCUGCACCAGCUCAUGUUGGAGUGCUGGGUGAAGGAGCGGAACACGCGGCCGCGCUUCGGACAGAUCGUCAGCACACUUGACAAGCUCUUGCGCAAUGCCGGCAGCCUCAAAGUGCUUACCAGCACACACUCAGGGGAUCUCUGUCGAAUCGGCGGGACCCUGCCGGGCAACCAAAGGAAGAGUAUAGAAGAUGCACAAGACAUGAAACAACAAAUGAGCCAAACUCUGCCUAUACGGGUUUGACUGAUUAAAAACAAAACACCUACUGAGCCUCCAGGCUAACAACAGAUUCCCAUUUGAAGAGCAAACCUGACUGGGACAUUCCAUCGAAAGCCCAUGGAAAAUUAUUGGAGCUGACCAUUGCUUGAAGAGCCAGUGGAAAACCUGUGUACAAUUUGGGACAGCUACGCCGCACCCCCUCCCAAGCAGCCUGUGGAAAACUAUGGCAUGUCCAAUGGAAAACUGUAUCCGCUUGACGGGUAGCCUGGAGAGAACUGGGAAAACAUAACACAUGUUAAUUGGAAUUUUAUAUGAUGGCGCCUCUGGCAAUCAUCUUUGUUCUUCGCCCAUUUGUCAUGACUUUCUCAUGUUUACAGUGAAUUUUCAAUACAUGGAUUAAAUUGACAAAGUUUCUACUUCUCAGGUUCAGUUUGCAUGUGUGCAUGUGCUUCUCUAAUGGCAAAAAAAAAAAAAAAAAAAAAAAAAGUAUCUCUCUCUUCCAUAAUUCAAAUCCCUUCCAUCCUUCCUAUCAGCUGUCCUUAAUUACCGAAGCCACAAAUGAAGAGACAGACUAAGAAUUAUAAGCUAACUGUAAUAAUGUUUAAAAAAUUAAAUAAAUGUAAGACGGGACUGUUUGAUGUUGGCUUGAGGAUAUUCCGCCGCUCUCUUUUUCCCCUUCCUCAAGACUUGUUUCUUCUAAUCUUUUCUUCAUAUUGAAGAAAGGAGAAGAAGAGUGGAGAGGGACUUGAAAGUGUCAAAUGAGGCAGGAUGGACUCAAAUUGUGACUUUCAAAUGAGAGAAUUUUCAAAGAGAGGAAGGACCUUUUAAUGGGACGAGUUAACUUUAAAAUGGGGAUUAUAUUUCAACAAAGGCUGUUUUAUUUACCUCUGUUGUAUUUGGUCUUCCAUGGAACGCUGUCAAGAGACUUCUUCUCGUGGAGGACAUCAGACUGUGAUUCAAGAAUUGUUGUUUCCCCUACCUGUGUCCGACGGGAGAUUGUGCUCAGUGUGUGAUUAUGUGUGUGUGUACAGUAUGCUCUAGUGUGCUUGAGUGAGUCAGCGAGUGCUACAGCUUUACAUGCAUGCCAUAUUCAAAACACAAACCUGUCCGAGAUGUGAGACAAUGACACGUUGACUAGAGCUGUUGUUUGAUGAAUAUUCCAAUUAUUUGAAUUCAAUCUGUUCAAAUAUGCAUAACUGUGUAAAUAAAUAUGCCU